AUGAUACCCCACCUCCUCUUCGUCCGUGCGAGAAAACCACUUGCCACGCUCUCGCUGCUCCUUGGCGGCGUCUACGCAGCUGAUGAGAUCCAGGCCAAAGUCUGGUCCCGGUCGCUGCGGCUUUUAGUCACUGGGGGUCAAGUCAUGUGGGACUACCGGCUGCACUUUCAAGGGACCGAGAGAGACGAUCCGAGCUACCGCCCCAAGCUCCAGAGUCUCAACCAGCGCAUCGCCCAUCGACUCCUUCACUUGUGCUACCAGAAUGGAGGUAUCUAUAUAAAGUUUGGUCAGCAACUCGCGACGUUCAAUCACGGGUUGCCCAAGGAGUACACGGAGACUCUGGCCCAGCUGCAGGAUCAAGCCAAGCCCGUGUCGUUCAAGAUGGUCGAAAAGACCAUUGCGACAGAAUUUGGACGGCCGUGGCAGGAACUGUUCCAGGAAAUUGACGAGACGCCAAUCGCUUGUGCAUCGCUCGCACAAGUCCAUCAGGCAGUCGAUCACGCUGGACGUGAAGUGGCGGUCAAGGUCCAGUAUCAUCACUUGGAGUCGCAGAUGAAGGUUGAUAUCCGGGUUAUCAAGUGGGCCUUCCAGCUGACCGAGUACUUUUUUCCUGACGUCCGGAUCCAGUGGCUCGUUCCCGACUUCGAGAGUGCGCUCUUAUCAGAACUAGACUUUGAGAACGAGAAGAAAAAUAGUCGGCGCAUUGCAGCUUGCUUGAAACACAACAGCUCGGUUCAUGUGCCCAUCGUGUACGACGAGCUGAGCACGAAGAAGAUAUUGUCGAUGGAGUUUAUCGAUGCACCGAAGAUAUCGCAAGUCGAGGCUAUGAAGGAACUCGGCCUUGACCCGCCUAAAGUUGCACACUUACUGUGUGAAGUGUUCAGCGAAAUGGUAUUUUGUCAUGGCUUUGUACAUUGCGAUCCGCAUGCGGGGAACAUCUUCGUACGCCGUAAUCCCGAUCCUCAAGGCAAGCGCAAAGAGCAGCUCGUCUUGCUGGACCAUGGAUUAUACCGCGAAUUCGAUCGGAAUUUCCGUAAAGCUUACUGCGAUUUGUGGAGAGCAAUGCUAUUACGUGACAGUGUUCUCUUGGAUGACUGUGGCCGACGGUUAAACAUUGGAGAGGUUACGAAAUACUUGCCGCUGCUGUUUACGUCCCGGAUGAUUAAUAGCAAGGGACGUCCUGAUGCGGCAAUGAGCCAGUCGGAGCGCAAGAAACUUUCCGAGGAUCUCAAAACGAUGCAUGUAUCGAGCGUUACUGACUUUCUCGAACAACUUCCGAGAGACAUGUUGUUCGUCUUACGAACGGACAACAUGAUUCGGGCUCUAAAUAAGGACUUGGGAGGAUCAACCAUGGAUCGUUUUUACGUCAUGGGCACUUUUGCUGUUAGUGGACAUUCCACUUUCUACUCAGGUACCGCUGAAGCAGGAAAGGGUGGAAUAUGGACAUCGGUAAGCUACUGGUGGGACCAUCUCAACCUGAUUGUCCGUUUUCACGUGGUUGACUACGUAUUGGCCGCCAUCCAGCACGUCAGGGGAGAGUCUACCGCUAAGAUUGAGCGUGUAGGUCAGUAG